AUGGUGACAACAGCAAACGUCGACAACAAGAUGAAGGAGCACUUCAGCCCCGACCUCUUCAGCCCCUUGGACAUCACGGAUGACCGCCGUCUGCUCAGGAAGCUGCUGCAUGAUUGCAAGGUCCGCUACGAGCGCGAGGUAGAACAACAGCAAGCCAACAACAUGGACCCAACGGUGGAGUCUCAAGACCCCACCAGCAGCACCCCAGACGUGGAGGUGGUGGAGGAUCCACCAACUAUGUCGUCCGAAGUGUCAGUAAUGGGAGCUUACGAGAGGAGCGCAAAGGCUACACAACGAUCGCAAUGA